CUGUGGACCAGGUGCGCUAGUGAGAGCCUUGGACUGAACGAGGAGGAGUUGCAGGUUCAGAUGUACUACAGCAUCUGUUCGUAAUUCAGCACUUCGUUCAUCUCCAGCUCCCCUGGAACCAUGGAUUCUCCAUCUAGCAUUUCCUUCUAUUCCUCUUCCUCCCUCUCUUCUUCCUCUUCCCCCUCCGGGGUAGACAGUGCCCUCAGUGACUUUGGCUUUCCCUCUGAUAGUGAGGGAGAGAGCAGGGGGCUUCAUGGGCCCAGGUCAGAGGCUGGUUGGCAGAGAGGAAGUCACCGGCUAGCCCCUCUUCGAUGUUGCCGGCGUCCCUCGAGUUCCACUGGUCCUCAGGCUGCUUCUUGCCUAGAAGGACCUGACUUGGCUUCUCCCAUGCCUGUGUUGGGAAUGAAAAGAUCAAGAGACAAUGAGGAGGAGACCUGUCAUAACAUCCAAAACCCUAGGACGGAGGGAGAUCGGCUAUUUGCUCAGAAGUGUAAAGAGCUCCAAGGAUUCAUUCGCCCCCUCACAGACCUGUUGAAUGGGCUGAAGAUGGGCCGCUAUGAGAGAGGAUUAAGCAGUUUUCAACAAAGUGUGGCAAUGGACAGGAUUCAGCGGAUAGUAGGGGUUCUACAGAAGCCUGAGAUGGGUGAGCGUUAUCUAGGGACCUUGCUACAAGUAGAGGGUAUGUUGAAGACCUGGUUCCCUCAUGUUGCCUCUCAGAGGGCAACUCCAGGGGAUGGGAAACACAGGCUUCUCUCCAAGUAUUUGGCCAGCAGCCAGGCCUACCCAACUGGUCCCUCAGCUGAUCUUGCCAGAAAGGAGAUGAACCAGAUUCAGCUAAGACAUCUAGAUCAAGGAAAAGAGAAGUUGCAUUCUCAAGAACAAGAGUUGCCCCAACUCCUCCCAGAAUGGCCAGCCAUGAACUUGACAUGGAUCCAUACAACCCCCAUUUGCAAUCCACCUCUCAGUUCCCUUGGCUCAGCUGCCUUCAGCCAUGGUCUUUUGGGUCCUGGGGCCAGCUUUGGAUUUAUCCUCUUCCUUCAGCAUGGAGCACAAUCUUUUGCACGUUCAGCACCCCCCACUCCCGUCCCCUAUUCUGCAGUGUCUUCUGUUGUCUGCGAUGGUCCAAAGAACAUCCCUGAAGAAGAGCCUCAUUGCUACAGUUUACCAGUUUCUCUGGCAUCUACCCCACUGACCUCAGAGUGGAGCCAUUCCCUGUCUUCACCCUGUUUACCCACUGUGGCCAGAGAGAAGACAACCAGAAUGGAUGAAAAACAAGCUCUUCAUUUUUGCUGACAUCCUGUUCUCCCUGUCCCAACUACAGGACUCUCUGCUCUGGUUCUGUUUUGUGUGUGUGUAUGUGUAUGUGUGUGUGUUUUGUUCUGUUUUUUUAACUUUUUGAAGUGUGUAUAUUUGUGCUGAGGGGAUAGAAACCCUCUCUGAUUAAAGUAAUUUUACACCUAAA